AUGGGGGAGAGGCGCACAAAGUUUUAUAAGAUAUUUGACCGCUUCAUGACCACCUUAGAAAAAGAUAGUGCUCUGGGCUUCCUACGCCUCUUCGAUAAGUACAGGCAGCACCUUGUUUAUGGAUAUGUUAUCACUCCACAAAGCUUUAACUUAAUUAUUGCAAUGAACGCCCUGUGUUGCGCUAAGUUUGUUUUGAAGGGGAAGGCGCCUAGGCUCUGUGGGAUGCGCGCCAACCCCAACUACAUUACCAACUUUGGGUUCUUCCCCCUUCACCAAGCUGCUGAGUCAUUCUCCGCUGACAUGGUUGAGGUACUGCUCCAACAUGGUGCAUUGGCCAAUCUACGCACCUCGGGGAAUAUAAUCAUCGAGGGCCUCCUUCCACUCCAUGUUGCCAUCGAGAACACUUGCCAGCACAAGUAUCUGGAGGACAAUCUGUUAGCUGACCAGAACUAUAUGAAGGGGAAUGUCGAGUACAUCUACAAGCUCAUAUAUCUGCUUUGCCUGCCUGAGAUGAAGAUCUUCUUGGACACGACUAGGGUGCUUGCAAGUCACACAGAUAAUGUAGUAGAUGAGCUCUGGGAUUGCAUAAAGCAUGGGAAGCUUGUCCCUGCAGCUAUUUUGCUCUUCGCAGCUCAUAGGCAUUUCCGCAAGCUCAAUGGAUUUGAUACGAUCAAGACUCUUAUCGAGGAUUCUGUGUUUGACCUAGAAAGGGAGGGGUGUGGAUUAAAAAGUGGUAAAAAUACUAAGGCUGCUAAGCAGCGGAAAGAGAAGAAAGUACAAUUUAGUAACACAUUGGUGCUUGUUAGGAUAAUUCUCAAAGCUGGUGAUGCUCUUGACGAAUAUAUUCAAACUCAUUCAAAGGCAUCUCAUGAGGAGGUCCUUGCAAAGGUUUCAGAAGUUCUCCAGAAUUAUGAUGUUGGUCCUAGUGGAAAAGUAAUCUGCAUCGAAGACCUUGUCUGUCGCCCGUAUGCUUGUCCACUGCCGGACAAUGUGUUGCAUGAACAUGGUGCGUGCUUGUUUCAGAACCUGGUAUUUUUGUGCUUCUGUAACAAUUUGCAAAAUGAGCCGUAA